GUACGACUAGUUGGGGGGGACCCAUGGGAAGGUCGAGUGGAAAAUAUUCUCAUCUGGAGUCUGGGGCACGGUCUGUGGUACUUAUGCAUUCGGAGAUGAUGCUGCUACUGUCUGCCGUCAACUUGGAUUACAGCACUUAUGGUAUUGACUACUACUGUUGCUCUGAGUUUGGAGAAGGGGCAGGUGAAAAUGCAUAUUUUGCAUCCAGUAUGCUCUGGAACAGAAUACAAAUUCAGUGACUGCAAGGAAGUUAGAAUAUCUAGCCACUGCUAUUACUCUGAAGUCUGGAGUGUCACUUGUGGCAUAGACAAUUGUUUAGACGAAGACAAAGAACUAGAUGAAGCUGAAGAACAAGUGGAGAUAUGUUCUGACGGUGAAUGGCAAGCUGUGUGUGGUAAUGGAUGG